GCAGCAUGUGAUAGGGGCACAAAGUGAUGCGAGUAAACAUUGCGUGGCCUGGAACGUCACUUCCACAUGGGCGGCGCUUGUAAGGGCCAAGGAGGAGUGAGGGGAGCCGUAUAAAUAAGUUGGGCAAAUCCCCGGUGUGACAGAAUGCAGUAGGCCUCAGGGGAAGCCCGGUGAGAAGAAGCGGCGGCAAAUGGAAUGGCGGGAAAGGGCUGACAGGCAGAAGGCGGACACGGGCACGGAGAAUGAGCACUUGUCGGUGGUGUACGCCUGGCGGUGUCCCCGCCACUGAUCUUCUCAAGAAGUAUGCUGCAAAGGAGCUGCACAAUGAGGAUUUCCUUGGGGCCAACGAUGACCUCUGCUACUGCAUGCAGUGUGUGGUGGAGUACCACCAACUUCGAGAUGAGGUCCCGCAUCUUCACAAGGCCCUUUGGCAAAUUGAAACCACACGCCUCAUCACACAGCUGGAGAAGUCGAUGCAAGAGGAGAUAGAUGAAGAUGAUGAGCUCUUUUUAGUGGAAGAAGAUGGAGAGAAACAGCUUUUUGGGUUCACCGGCCCUAAUUUUGAAAGCAACCUACGGGUGCCCCUUUUGGAAAUCCUCAAGUACCCGUACUUGCUCCUCAAUAAACACGUCACUGAGCUCUGCACCGAAGCUCUGUGCAAGAUGGAGCAGGCUAACAACCCCUUUCAAGUGUAUGAAAAGCUUCCUGGCGUUUAUCUGCUGCUGGUGCAUCCCAGUGAGACUGUCCGUCGCUGGGCUAUUAUGACUGCUCGGACGCAAGGAAAGGUCGACCGAGACGACUAUUAUGACCUAAAGGAAGUUUUCACGUGCCUGUUUAAGGUCAUUGAACUUGGCCUCUUCGAGAAUCCAGAUAUCUAUGGAAAUUCUGAAAUAGAAGAAGGAAAGUUAAUCCUUUUACCAUCGCACUUAUACGACAUCUCCAACUAUAAAAACUACUGGCUGGGGAUCUGCAUGUUACUGACCGUCCUCGAAGAACAGGCUAUGGACUCCUUGCUCCUGUCUCCCGACAAACAGAAUGAUUUCAUGCAAUCCAUACUUCACGUCAUGGACAAGACUACUGAAGAUGAAAGCACUAAUCCCUUCUGGCCUGCCCUGCACUGUUUCAUGAUUAUCCUCGAUCGCCUGGGAUCCAAAGUGUGGGGGCAGCUGAUAGAUCCCAUCCAGGCAUUCCAAACCAUCAUCUCAAGCCCCAGUUACACCAGUGAGAUUGAAACUAUUCGGAACAGUAACCGCAGGCCAACCAAAAUGGAGCCACACAACGAUGAAUGUGACAUGGAUAUUUCAUGCAGCCAGAUGGUAUACAGUUUCAAAACUGAAAAAACAAAUCAGGACACUGGAUGGAAGAAGGCUAUAAAUCCUGACCACUGCCCCAACAUGUACGAAGAAAUGCAAAGCCUUGCAAAUAUCCUUCAGUCUGACAUCGGCCAAGAUAUGCGGGUCCACGAUAGCACCUUUUUGUGGUUUCUUCCCUACGUUCAGUCUGUGAUGGAUCUCAAGGAACUGGGGGUGCCGUAUAUCAUUGAGGUCAUCCAUCAUCUUUAUUUUGAAAUCAAGGAUGUCCUUAAUCAGAGAGUCCAGCAAUGCGAUAAAGUUACAGAACUGUUUGUUUUAGUUUUGGUAUCCAUCAUUGAGCUGCACAGAAAUAAAAAGUGCCUUUAUUUGCUUUGGGUCAGCUGUCAUAAAUGGGUCGAAGCUUUGGUAAGAUGCUCUCUGCUUCCGGCCAAAGACAUGCAAGCCAAGACUACUCCAAAAAUACCGUAUGGCCUCACCUGCUCUCCUACACAAUCUAACUCAUCUAUUCAGUACGCUUGCCUCCAAUUGAUAAGAAGCAUCCUGCGAGAAGGCUGCCAGCUUGGGCAGCAAACUACUUGCAUGCAAUACCUUGACAAACUGAAUCUUGUUCUUAGGGGAAAUAUGUCACGGACCUUCGAACUCAACAACAAUGAGGUUCGAGAUUUGCAAGCAUGUUUGCGGCAAGUUAUAAAAAUCAUUAAAGACAAGGCUUCCACCGCUCCAAGUUCAACUUUGGAGCAGAACACAAAUAGGAUCGAGUCGGUUCCUUUCAUUAAAAGUGAAAGUGUUGAUGAUGAUGACGAUGACUGGUAUGGAGCGAGCAGUUCUUUAGAAAAACCUUCUUCUGCAGUGAGUCCUACUGAGUGUUUUGAUAGAGUAUGUUGGCCUGCUGUCAAAAAGGAACCCCAGGAAGAUAGGCCUUCAGAGCCAGAGUUAACUAGCUGCAAACCCAGCAGUAGUAUUGCUGUAGAAAUUAAAAAGGAAUCUUCAGUCCAAUCGGAACCUACACCCUCUGCCCUAACUGGGGAGCAGCAGAACCGAAAACCCAAAACGAAUCUGAGUGAAUUGAAAUCAAAAUUGUCCAAGGUACUAAAAAAAUCUUCAUUCAAAAGGCAGAAUUCACUCCCUGAAAACACAAACCGAAUGGACGAGGACAAGAAAAGCGUUGCCCCCGAAUCCAACAACACAUUUUUACCAGCUACUACAUACAUUAAGUCAGAGCCUCACGAUCCUUUGUUUAAACAACCCUCCUGUAAUGGUAAUUCUAGUUGCAGUAGUGAUAAUGUUGCAGUGACUAAACAACUCCAACGUCUUUCUAUAGAAAACCGGGUUCCAGAGGUGCAAACGGUUUCAGUGAAAAAUGAACCUCUGCUAGAGGACAGAAAAGCUCUCUCAAAAAACCAAAUAUCGGCAUUAAAAAGCUUUGAAAGAAGUAGCUCAAAGCCUGUAUCAGAGGUCUGUGAAUCAUCUAGCCCUGAUGAUGAUGAUAACGUUCCUCUGUUUGAACUCCGGAAAAAGCUUUUAAAGAAAAACAAGGAACAACUGACAGAUUCGCAAGUGGACCGAGACCUUGAUUCCUUAUCCAUGGCAGCACAGGCAAAGUUUUUGGACUUUGACUCAAGUCAAAGUGUCCUUUCACAGGACCAAAGCCCGAUUCAGAGGAAAGUUAAGGGGACUGCUAGAUCUCCCAAUAUUGAUAGCUCAUCGUCUGAGACAGAUGUAUCCUUAGAUCAGAUUAUUACUAUCUCUGAUGAUUCAGAAGAUGAAAAAAAGCCAAGCAUUUCCUCAGUUAAAUCUGAGAAGACGAGUCCCAAAGUCUGCCCUUCAACGUCAACUUCAGAAUUUUCAAAGCGAAUUGCCGAGGCCCAGAUAAAACCUGAACCACCACCGCCUCUGACAUGUGAAGACUAUGAUUCACAGUUCUUUGAGUUUGAAACUGAGGAUGAGGUAUUUUCUGUGUGGCAAGACCCUGAUGUUGACCAGAAAGAGCCAGUAAUAGCUCCAUUACACAGUGAAGCUGCCAAACCACCAAUUUCUGAUCCCACUGGUAAUGAUCUGAAUAAUGAAUUUGACCAAUGGGGUUAUGACACAGAUGACAUUUCAGAUGAUGUUCUAGAAAAAGCUGCUGAGGCUGCUGAGUUAAGUGAUUCCAAACCAAGUAAAGGUCUUCAGAAAAAACCUAAAGCCAAGGGUUCCGAAGGAACUUUUUCAGUCAAGGGGGUCAGUUCCAGCUCAUUUUACAGAAAAGAUGUGCCAAUUGCAGCUAAACAUAAAGAGAAAGCAAAUAUACAUACCAGUCCAAAGAAAACAUCUUCAUUAUCUUCCAAGGUGGUACGUGGCAAAAAAACUGAAACUGUUGUUGCCCAAAAAAUUAUAUCCAAAUCUAAAGCAAACCGAACCAAAAGCCCCUUGAGAUCACGAGGAGAAAAUGUAAGGCGUGAAAAUCUCAUCAGAACGUCACCUGCUGUAGUACCCCCAAAGAAAAUUCGCAUGGCACCUGAGCCAUCUUCCACAGCAGAAAAACUUGGCUUCAAGAAAGCGCCGCGAAAAGCUUUCGACUUGUCUCAGCGUUCGUUGGAUAGUGUAGCAGAGCUUCGGAACCAUGGCAAAAUGGCAGGGUUUGUGGAGCCGAAGAAAACAAAAGCCAAGCUUAUUUCCCCUCAGUCUUUAUUGGUUAAAUGUAAUAAAAAAAUGUUGGCUUGUCAAGAUCUUCAGUUUUACCGUCAGUCCAGACCAAAUGUCCCUGGAAAAAGAAAACAAGCAGAAGCCUUGGAGGACGGCAACCGAAAAAUUGAGAAUGCUGCACACAAAAUAGAUAAAAACGGGACAUCAUCUUCUAGGCAUUUCCAGGCCACCACGAGCCAUGCUGAGGCUAUCUCAAACAAACCCAGAGAUGAACGGAAGCUAAGCAUUAGCAAUGAGCACUUGGAAAUAAGCAGAACCUCUUCUAAUAAGUCUACAGCUCAAAAUGGGGAGAUAUCUUUGAACUCUAAAUUGGAGAAAUCUAGCAGUCACGUAUUGGAGAAAUUAGUGACUUCUGCUGAUGAUAAUGCCUUUGUUUUGCCUCCAACAAAUGAAAAAGAAUCUAAUAAUUACGAAGACGAUUAUGAUUUGUUCUUAACUCAAGCUGAUCCAGUUGACAUGGAGAUGUGUUCACAAGUAGAAUAUGACAUCGACCUUGAUGAAGGUGGUGCAUCCAGAGUUUCUGAUUUUUCAGGGUCAGAUGCUGAAUUGCCCAAACUAGCUACAGGGUCUGGUACCGAGCUGCCCAAAAUGGGAUUAAAUGAUGGGGUGCCCAAAUGCAAAUAUACAAAUUGCACGGAAAUGGUAAAGGUUGCCGGAGAUCAUUGUCCUAAACACAUGCCUCCUGAAAAAGCAGAUGACCAUCUGUUUGCCAAACCAGGCUUGCCACCAUCUGUUUCCAAACCUUCCACUACUAAAGUGUUUGCUUCUAGCAACACUUCCAGGACUGCAAGUCUUACAAAGGACCUGGAAAACUUCCCAAGGCCACAAGGUAUCCUCAAGGCUAAACCUCAGUCCGCCAAGGCUCCUGUACCAAAACUGCCCAAACCAUUGACUGUCCAAAACAGGGCCUCAGACACAAAUAGUGUCUUGCAGCCUCUAAUUAAUCAAAGUAAUGUUCCUUCCAAGCCAAGUUACUCAGCAGUAUCAGAAGCUGGAAAGUUACGUCCAUACGCUGCCCAGAAACCUCUCCAACAGCGUGACCAAGGUUGGCUUAUGAGGGAGCUUCUCCAGUGGAAGUUUGAAAUGUUUGACAACGUAUCUCGGUUUGGACCCCCCAGUAACCUCUGCCAGCUACCGCUUCUAAAAGUACCCAUCAAGUUUUCAAGCUAUGAAGAAUACUUCAACGUAUUUUUCCCCUUGAUGCUGCUUAAUACUUUCGAAUCGCUGGCCCAGGAGUGGUCCGUGAAACAAAAAGCCAUCCAUACUGAUUUGUGCAAGCUACACCUGCAGAACUUCUGCCCUGACGGCCUGGUGAAUCGGGGAGAGUUUCAGGUAUGGUUCCGGGAUGCUGAUCUGUGCAUGCAGCGACACCCAAAAGAAGAUGACUUGGUGUUUCUCUGCAUGCCAGAGUCUACCCCCAGCCUAUCAGGGGAGGAAAUGGUAUCCCAUGGUGCACGGGUAUAUCACACGGGUUACGUAUCUCGCUUCAACCGCUCACAUCGAACACAGAGCCAGGAGAAGGAGCAGUACACAUUGUGUGACCUGUGUAUCCAUACUCAGGGAAACUUGUCUGCCUUCCGGAACCAGCAAGUGCGGUGUGCCGUGAUUGGGAGCUUGAUCACCACUCAGAGGCAGUUCAGGGCGCUCCUCCAGUUGCAGAGAAAUCCGCUGUUCAGGCCGAUCAUACUGCCCAAUCCUGCAGACUUCAUUCCUAGAGAUAAUGCAGCGAGCGAGAGCAGCUCCUUCCCCAGUUUAAAGGAGUAUAACAGCGAUCAGAGGUACGCAAUAGAGAAGGCCUACUCAAUGGUGAAGCAACAUCCACGACUGCCACGAAUCUGCCUGAUCCACGGGCCUCCGGGGACAGGCAAGUCCAAGACCAUUGUGGGGCUCCUGUAUAGAAUCUUGAUGGAGAACGGCAGCAGCACCGUCCCAGUCCAGAACUUAAGUGCCAAAAACAAGCGCAACAGAGUCCUCGUCUGCGCUCCAUCUAACGCGGCUCUCGAUGACCUUAUGAAAAAGAUCAUCCUGGAAUUCAAGGAAAAAUGUCACAAUAAGAAUACUCCUCUAGGGAAUUGUGGAGACAUAAAUCUGGUGCGUCUGGGAGCGGAGAAGACCAUUUCCAGCGAUGUGGUCAAGUUUAGCCUGGACUGUCAAGUGAACCAUCGGAUCACGCGAGCGCAGCAGGACCAGGAGCUGCACAAGAGGAAAGAAUUGUUAGACAGGCGACUGGAUGAGCUGAGCCGACGCCGUGCGUUGGAAAAGUGCAACAAAAACACCUGUGCACCGCUGGACGAGGAAAUCGCCCGACUCUCCAAAGAACGGCAGCUUCUUGCUGACUCUUUAAAGUUGGUGCGCAGGCGCCCACAGGAGCUACAGAGAACUAUCAUCUUAGAGUCCCACGUCAUCUGCUGCACUCUGAGCACCAGCGGGGGCAUCCUUCUUGAAUCUGCUUUCAGGCAGCUUGGACAAGAGCCCUUUAGUUGCGUCAUUGUGGAUGAGGCCGGCCAGUCAUGUGAAGUAGAAAACCUCAUUCCUCUUCUCCACCGAUGCUCUAAACUGGUUCUGGUUGGAGAUCCAGAGCAGCUCCCACCCACAGUGAUCUCUAUGAAAGCAGAGGAACUUGGCUACGGGCAAUCCCUCAUGUCCCGCAUGUGCAGUUUUCUGGACUCUACGGGUACCAAGUCUCCGGUGCUGCAUCUAACUGUGCAGUAUCGCAUGCACCCCGACAUCUGCCUCUUCCCAUCUCAUUACUUCUACAAGCGCAUGUUAAAAACAGACCGAGCGACCGAGGAAGUGCGGUGCUCCUCCGAUUGGCCUUUCCAGCCGUAUAUGGUGUUUGACGUUGCUGAUGGAUUUGAGCAGAAAGAGCGAGAAUCAUUUUGCAACCCUCAGGAAAUCAAAGUGGCCGUGGCACUCAUCAAGCUCAUUAAAAGCAGGAAAAAGGAGUUCUGUUUCCGAAACAUCGGGGUGAUCACCCCAUACCGGGCGCAGAAGAUGAGGAUCAUUGAGGAACUCAGGAGAGCUUUCGGCAAUGACAUCCGGCCGGGGGAAGUGGACACUGUGGACGGUUUUCAGGGUCGCCAGAAGGACUGCAUCAUUGUGACAUGUGUCCGUGCCAAUUCUACCCAAGGUGGCAUCGGGUUUUUGGCCAGUCGUCAGCGCCUAAAUGUGACGAUCACGCGAGCCAAAUUUAGCCUUUUUAUCUUAGGAAGCCUCCGAACCUUAAUGGAGAACAAGGACUGGAAUCACCUGAUCCAGGAUGCACAGAGAAGGGGGGCUCUGAUUAAAACCAGAGAGGAACACUACCAGAGGGACGUCGGCAAGAUCCUGAAGCUUAAGCCCGUGGUGCAGAGAGCUCCGAUCCAUCCGAACAGCCGACCAGAGGAGAAACAAAAGGACAGUUCCGCCCCACCUCCCCGCAUAGAGCCUCCUAAGGAGACCACCCAGCCCCCAAGAAAACCUCUCCCUGCCCCUUCACGACCUGUGAUCCACCCAGCUGUAGACUUCAGAAGGGAUUCUUUUAAUACCCACAAUGCACCCAGUGGUUCAGCUGUCGGUCCCCUACCACCUGCUCCAAGAUCUAAGCUUCAAGACCCUAGGCUGGCACGUUGGCAGGAAACAAAAACGGACACAAGUCCCCCAACGACAUUGGAUUCGAAUGCCCGAAUUAGCACCCACAGUUCCCAUCCCUCUUCCUCAGUAGCCGGCGGCUCACACCCGGCACGUAGAGACUCCCGAGCGGUAAGCGAUGGCAGCAGGAGCAGUAACAGCUGGAACAGAGACCGGGACCGGAGGCACAAAAGGACUUCUGAACUAGAUAAGGACUCCAAGAGAAGAAAGCUGUCUGAUUAGAAGUGUUAUUAGGCUUUCUUUAAAAAGUUGGAACAUUUCACUUGCGGUAAACUACUGUCUUUAUACGGCGGUGGUUUUUGUGUCAAAACCACUGGGUCUGCAGAAACCCCUCCCCAUGCAAAGGAAUCCGUGACCUCGGCCAAUGGGAUUGUUGUACAAUAAAUGUAACUAACAAUGUAAAUUAGUGCUGUAGAUAGUGUAAACUGGAAUCUUAAAUAAGCGUAUGUAUAUUUUUUUUAAUAUUAUAUGGUGCACACAACUGUUGUGCCUCUUUAAAUGGCGUAAGGAAUGUCCGGCGGUAAACUCACCCCCUUUUUUUUUGUUGUUAAACCUUGAAAUCGCUACUGCUCUUAACUUCUCUAUGGAACUUACUUUUAAAGGGAAAAUAUCACUAGGAUACAAACGUUUUCUACUUGGUGGAGAUUAUUGGUAUAGUUGUAAAGGCGGCCAUACCCGGCUGGCAGUAGGUGGUACCAAACUGAUCAACCCGUGUGCUCUUAUAAUUAAAACAAUUGCAGCUCCUCUUAACUUCCAUAGCUGCCAAUUAGGGAUGCGCCGAAUCCAGAAGUCUGUUCGGGAUUCGGCUAAUAUUUGACCUUUUUUGGCAGGAUUCGGCCGAAUCCACGCUCCUGGCCGAGCCGAACCCGAAUCCUAAAACUUACGUGACUUUUUGUAACGUAAAAAUGAAAGUUGAACGUUUUUAACCCUACUGAAACCUAAUUAGUGUGUGCUAAUUAGAUUUCAGUUCGGUAUUCGGCCGAAUCCUUUAUGAAGGAUUUGGGUGUUUGGCCAAAUCUGAAAAAGUGCAUUUGGUGCAUCCCUACUGACCAACAACGGUGCUUCAUCGGCAGAUUAGAUUCCCCAUUGACUAACCAAUUUCUCUAGUACGUGGGUAUUGGUCUGGAUUGUUGCAUAUAUGUAUACGGUGGCCUAACAACCCAUAUAUGUACGACCAGCUUUACUCUGCUUUUGAGAACUAUCCUCGACCGUCUAAAUUGCAGCUCUUUGAUACAGACCCAGUUUGACAAUAAUAUAUUUAUAUAUAUAUAUAUAUUAUAAAUAAAUAAACCUUUGCAGUUUCUUGACAAGUUUUUACUGCAAAUGAGUUUUACUUUGGGUUACGCUCUUCGUUGUUGCCACUUUUCCAAACCUUUGUGCAGGGCUGUGGAUUUGGUACAUAAAUCCUUCGACUCCUCCAUUUAUUGUACAUUUAUGACUCUAUGUACCCCCAGAUUGCUUCUGACUCCACAGGCCCUGCCUUUGUGUAUUAGUAAUAACUUCGGACACAAUGUGCGGCAUUUAGCUCAACGCGUUUGAUGGAGAAGGCGGUUCUGUCGUACUUGGGACGGAAAAUUGCUUAGGAAACAUUAAAGUCUUUCCCUUUCUUUGUUUGUAUAAAAGCUGACUGUACCAUAAUGAGGGGGCCUUAGAAAUAAAGGCUUCUUUUGUAGUCUAUUUACUUUGUAUAGUAGGGUGAGUUCUGUUAUUGGAGGUAUGUAAACCCAUUGUGGUUUUGAUUUCCCUGUGCUAGUGCUUAGCUGUCUUUUUCCAGCUGCUCUUCUAUUGUCUCCGGUUUGAUUGGGGGUAACGAUUUUUUCUUUUUCCAAGUCUAUUGGGCCUUUAAUUUGAAAAGGGACAUGUUCAUCACAUAAAUAUGGUGUGAUAGAAAGCCAUCGAUGGAUCCCUGAGCCUGGAUACGGUUCAGUGAAAUGCCUUGGAAGGCCACAUCUGGUUAGCAGCAUGGUGUUGCAUAGUAUUACCGUUCCAGCUAUUUGCCAGAAACCCACCAACCUCUGCUCUCAUAUUGCUGACUGAAUGGUUGAGUCUUCCCAUAACACUCUGUUUCUCUGUUUGGUUUCAAGCAAUUUCACAAUAUACAUUGAUUAAACAUA